CCAUGGAACUGCCUGUUGAAGCUGUAAAUGUUAAAUUUAAAUAAACAAAUAAAUUAAAUACAAAUUUUAAGCUCUGUUAAAUUUUAAAAUUCAACUGGAGAAGAUCAUCAGGGCAAAUGGGAAUCAUUGACACGCCUCGGGCUUUGUCCUCAUCGAGGCCACUAGUAUUAGUGGUCCUCGGGUAAAUUCAGACUAAUCAGUGGGAAAAUGGAAACGAAGGAGACGCUGCGGCUUGGCGCUGUCAGUGGUGCCAGCGGGCUAAGUAAUCAUCUAGUAUAUGCUCCCCCUUCAGCCUCAACAACUUCCACAUCUGUACUAAUGUUCUUUGGAGGUGAUGUGCAGGACUAUCCUGAGAUCAUGCUUGCACAUCGUGAUAACAAGCACUAUGUGGAGUGGUCGUUGACUAACACUGCACGAUUACUUGCAACAAAGUUCCCAGCUCAUCAUGUUUUUGUUGUUAAGCCUAACAGAAUGGAAAGAAAAACUUUCAGCUGCUUUGAUAAUUUUGUGAUGAGCAAUAGUGUGGGUGCACCAACUCAUGAGCCUGGUACUGCAGCUACACGUCAUCUUGCUUCCCUCAUGUCAGCGGGUCUUAGAACGGCACAAGCUAAAAUGAACUUCCACUCACAGGAAAAUGAUAUCGGUAUUGCACCACACAGUGAAGAUGACGACCUGCAGCAGUGCAAAAGCUUUCAACAUAGCUCUAAAUCUCAGACAUGUGAUGAAGUCAGCAUUGAAAUACAUGAUGUAACACUUAUUGGUUUCAGUAAAGGAUGUGUUGUAUUGAAUCAGCUAAUAACCGAGUUCCAUUCAAUGGACGUUAUAGAGAGUUCACACGAUGAACUUCAUAAAGACUUUAUAAGUAAGGUGCACAAUAUGUAUUGGUUAGAUGGAGGUCAUGCAGGUGGCAGCAAGACCUGGAUUACCACACCCACCAUCCUCAAGUUUCUUGCUAGUUUGAAACACAUAAAUAUCCACAUACAUGUUACUCCCUAUCAGGUACGAGAUGAACAACGGCCUUGGAUCAGAAAGGAAUGCAAGGCAUUUUAUGAUAUUUUGCGUCGAGCUGGAGCCAAAGUUUACUACACUCUACAUUUUAAAGAUGAGCCUGCUUCUCUAAUGUUGCACUUUAGAGUUCUCGAAGAGUUUAACAGAAACUAAAAAUAUCUUAUCAGUACUGUAAUUACAUUUUGUAUACAGAUCAUAAACUUUAAUUGCAGAAUAGUUAGGAUUCAGUCAUGUAGUUAAUUUGAUUUUUUUUUUAGUAGUAAUGCAGUGUAAUUGAUACACUUGUAAUUGGCAAUUAGAUUUCAUUGUAUACAGUACUCGUAUAACCCGUAGAUUGUAGUACCAGCAAAUAGUAAUCUACUGUAUUUGAAGUUUAAGAGUUCCCACCGUAAAUUUGGAUCAAAACCCAAAUAAAAUAUUAAUUAUG